AUGAAUUCCUUGACCAAGGUGAAGCUCAUCAGUGAGCUAAAUGAACGGGAAGUGGAGCUUGGAGUUGCGGAGAAGGUAUCCUGGCAUGCUGAGUACAAAGAUAGUGCCUGGGUCUUUGUUGGAGGGCUCCCAUAUGAAUUGACUGAAGGGGACAUCAUCUGUGUGUUUUCACAAUAUGGGGAAAUUGUUAACAUCAACCUUGUACGAGAUAAGAAGACUAGAAAAUCCAAAGGCUUCUGUUUUCUUUGCUAUGAGGAUCAGAGAAGCACUAUUUUGGCUGUGGACAAUUUUAAUGGGAUAAAGAUAAGAGGAAGAACUAUCCGAGUGGACCAUGUGGCUAAUUAUAGGCCCCCUCAGGAUUCCAGGCAUGUGGGUGAUGUGGUCAGAAGCAUUCAAGAAAAGGGCUGUGGGGUUAAAACUCCAUCCCCUGCUUUUCCUGAAUCCUCUGAAGAUGAGAGGCCUUUGAGGAAGCAUAAAAAGGCCAAAAAAGAGGAAAAAAUGAAGGAGAAUGAUGAAUAUGAAAGGAGUUGCAGUAACAGGGAAACCAGGUCAGCCAAAUUCCAUAAGGAGAAACCUGGAAAAAAAACCAAGAGUUAAAGUCUGGGCACAAUGAUCAUUCUAAACAUCAGCGAAAAAGAGACCUAUCCAAAAGCUACAAAUCAGUAAAAUCCCAAAACACAGAUCCAGGAGCCCUUCCAGAAGAUGGUCUGACAGCUCUCAGCAGGAUGAAAGUCUUUUUUUUUCUUAUACAGAAUAUAAAAUUUAUACGGUUUAUGCAUUAUUAAUUUAACAAUGUAUACUUCUAAAACAUUAAUUACAGCAGUUAUGUCAAUGACAUUAAUCCACAUGGGGUAUUUAGCCAUCCAAAUAAAUAUUUCAACAAAG